AAUAACAUCGAUACUUUUCGAAAUCUUAUGAACGGAGUGCGCAACUAUUUCGCAUUGUGCGCAUUAACAUGGUGUAUGUUAUGCCUGUAAACGAAGUUUAUUUAUAACUAAAGUUUCGUCUAUUACUGGUAUUCUGAUUUAACCAAAUUGUUUGACAACUAAUACUGCGACAUUUAAUAAUUCGAUUGGUUCAGAUUUAAGGACAUUAUUAGUCGACCAUCUGAGAGAUCAUGCGGAAACAGUUCAUUCCUCCCAAACAACAGCGUAGUGGCCAAAGAACUGACAGCGAGUCAGACACAUCAGGAUCGUCUGAUGUUGACAAACCCGAAGACACUGAUACUCAAAUGAUAAAUGACCUAACUGAUUCAACGCCUUCUGGCAGUGAAAAAACAAAUAUCAGCCUAGGAGAAAACGAAAGCAUCGACCUAAAUAUAUUAUUUGCAAAACCAACACAAUCUAAGAAGCAAUCCCAGGCAAGUCCUUCCAAGAAACCAGUGAAUCCCACCAGAACGCAAAAGGCAACACCAGAAAGUCGUUCCACCAGUGAAGAAGACAGUGAUGAUGCAAACAUUAACGCAACAAAACAAUCGAGUGGUUCACAAAACAUUCCUUGGAUAAAAAAACACAAAGUUCCACAGCGCUUAAAAGCGCAAAAAGUUGUAUCCGAGAACGAUAACCCGUUCGCUAAGUUAGUUGCAGAGGUAUCAAAAUCGACUGUUGCAAAGACUAAAAAAGAAAAAUCAUCAUUGCUUGGAAAUUCCAAACACACUUUCUCCAUGGAUGACAACGACAAACCAUGUACAAAUGGAAAGAAAGCAUCAAACAGAAAAGCCGGAAAAGCAACUACCGCGGAUGAAACAAACAAGUCCAAAAAGGAAGAAACGAAACCCAGGUACCUCCAAAUACCUGAAAAUGACAUGCCGAUCAGGGAGCUGUUUGCACGCAAUAGUGACAGCGACGAUGACGACGAAUUCGACGAAAAUGAAAAUCUGUACAUGCAGCUUGUGCCGCAGUCUCUGCGCACUGACCUUCAACCGAAGCCUGGAACGAGGGGAACAUCAGGGGCACCUGGCGGGAUGGGAGCGCCCGGUGGGGGCGGUGUAUUCGGUACCGCUUUCGGACUUCCGGGCAACACGGAUGAGUCAUCAAGCGCUCAACAGUCGGGUGCCGCCGACCUCACCCCAGAGCAACUCGAGGAAACAAUGGCUGAAAUAGAGGAGCUUCUAAAAAAUCACAGGAAAGGAAAGAAGAGAACUAAACGCGAUGAAGAAGACGAUAAGCUGAUGGAAGAUGUUUUGCGAUUGAUGCAAGAGCAUCCACCUGUGCCAGCCAGCGAAAGGCCAGAUAGAGCCCUGUUAGGGCCAGACACGGACCGACUGCGAGAGCAGCUCAUGGCAGGGUUGGGCCAAGGCGAGCAGCAAGGACAGGGCGAUGAUGGGCAGCAGACGGCAUAUGCAAUGCAGCGUUCUAUGCAGGAAAUGGGAGGGUUAGGCGGUGACCAGGCUUAUCAACUACCACAAAUGCUGGGAGGGUUAGGCGGGGAUCAAGCGAAUCAGCUGAGGCAAAUGAUGGGCGGAUUAGGGGGUGACCAGGGGAAUCAGAUGAGACAAAUGAUGGGUGGAUUAGGCGGUGACCAGGGGAAUCAGAUGAGACAAAUGAUGGGCGGAUUAGGGGGUGAUCAGGGGAAUCAGAUGAGACAAAUGAUGGGCGGAUUAGGGGGUGAUCAGGGGAAUCAGAUGAGACAAAUGAUGGGCGGAUUAGGGGGUGACCAGGGGAAUCAGAUGAGACAAAUGAUGGGCGGAUUAGGGGGUGACCAGGGGAAUCAGAUGAGACAAAUGAUGGGCGGAUUAGGGGGUGACCAGGGGAAUCAGAUGAGACAAAUGAUGGGCGGAUUAGGGGGUGACCAGGGGAAUCAGAUGAGACAAAUGAUGGGCGGAUUAGGAGGUGUGCAGGGCAAUGCGCGGGGACAAGGUGCACCAGGCGGAGGCGGUGACCGCGUUAAUCAAUUUGGACAACUUGAUGGCUUAAGUGGAAUAGGUCGCGGUCGUGGAAUGGAUGAAGGACAAAUAGGAGGAAAUGGGGAGGAGGAUAUUAACAUCGCAGACCCAGGCGAAGGAGAAAUUAUGAAUCAGCUUCUAACAAUGGAAUCAAUCAAAGCCCAAAACAAUGCUGCUCCAAAGGCACAGGAAGGAAUGAGCACUAUAAUAAUUUUUGACACUUCCAAUAGCAUGGCUGGCGAUGGAAUAGUUCAGGCCACUGAAUUUAUUACAGCGUUUCUAAAAGGAUUAGAGGACAUCCGUCGUGCAGCAAACCUGGACGAAAACGUUGCACUCAUAACAGUCAGUGAAUCGGUUGACGUUGCGCACCAUCUAACUAACGAAUUUAGCAAAAUACGCGAGAUUUUACAUGGGAUAUAUGCAAAUGGACCAACUAAAUUGCACCAGGCUCUUUUGUUGCCUAUAUGUAUCUUUGGAUCAGCUCCAAAUCUAGGUAUACGAAACUUCGGCAGUCAUGUUGCGGCACCACGUGUAAUCCUUAUCUCUGAUGGACGACUCAGCAUACGACCGGACGAUUCACCACAGUCACAGGAAGAGAAUCUGUUGAAAAAUGAGGCACUCAAGACGAUGACCAGCUCCACAGAAAUGACAAUGUGCCAACUGACGUGCAUACCUGUAGGGAACUGCAGUCGAGAAUUUCUGGCGUUCCUCGCAGAGUCAACUGGUGGUCAAAUGUACGAAACGUCGAAGGCUAAACAGCUUAGUCAUUGGAACAUGUACCACUCCAUUGUUGCGACGCUGAAGCAACAGGGACAGUCCGAGCCGACCAGAGAUUCCAUCCACCAUAUCAUAUCUUCCCACAUAGGCCGGUGCGAUGGUUCUGACGUGGAUGAAGUGUUGGCAAUAUGGCGACAACCAGAACCGGAUUUGGCUGCUUUUCAACGUCGUUUGCAAGAGCGGGAAUCCGGAGGUAUAAUUGUGGGUGGUCAAGGAAGCGGAGCAUCUGGCAUCGGAGGGAUGUCGAUGAUGGGAGGAGGUCAGGGCAUGACUUCAACUAUGCCACAAAGUAUUGAUGCUGGUGGAUUGCCGACGGGCGAAAGGGGAUUCGCAACACCAGAGUUAUCACAUGGAAGCUCGUCCGCUCAAACAGGUACCCAAGUUCCUUCACGCCAAGUAGGGCGAGAAGAAAGUUCCCAGAGUUUGGCGGCGGUUAACCGAGGAGUUGACGGUUCACAAGCUGAAGGUCAUGCUCGUCCUAGAACAGUCAACAAUGGCAGAGAAGAUGGCUUCAACAUCGGCAUGCGGGAUAUGUUUCACAUGAACGACUACGCAGUCGCCCAGCGCAGGCGACAAAUCGAGAAGGAGCGAGCAGAAUUAGACAAAUUACCUAAACUUCCCGCGGAGCAGUUAAGGCUAGAGAAACUUCCAGACACAGGCAAUAUGCAGUGGCCUUCCAAGGAGCAAUUGAGGCCUUCACAUAAACUGGAACGCGAGGUCACAACUACCAGACUUGUAUCAGACGUACCACGCCCAGCAAAGGCAUCUCAACGCGCGAACAGAAGCGACCAAACGAAACCAGGCUGGAGAAUAAGGCAUCAACCCAACAAAGGCCCUGGCCAGAAAAAAUCUCAGUCAGAUUCCUCCGAGUCAGACUAACGAUCGACGUGUUUUUUUUUUCAAACACAUUAUAGUGAUAUGUUAAUUUUUAAAAUGACUGUUGUUGAAUGUAAUAACAUUUCUGGUGUGAUGAUUGUUAAAUCACAUUUUAUUGUUAUUCAAAUGAACGCAGCGAAUGAGUUUGGUGUCGAUGGCACAUUAUUUUUACUCAACAGAUAGAAAAAUAUUACGUUGAUUAAAUUGAAACUUAUACUGUCAUAUAAAGAACAUUUUGGGGUUGAUUUAUGUUGAUUCCCAACUUUUCAAUACAAAACACAUAGCAUUCUACUUAUUAUUUUGUUUGUCAUUUUGUUAACCUUGUCCAAACUAGGUAAAAUGCCCAUGUAUGCUUGUUAUAAAAAGAUUGUGCUAUAAGAUAAAUUUAGCUUGCAAAUAUUAACCCCUUACGUGUGAACUGUAACAGAAAAAAUACAUUUCGUUUAUAGUAAAUACAUUUAUCGACCGAGCUGUAUCUUUUUUCAUAUCUUUCUUUUAUAAAAUGGCAUUGCUAUUUAGUUAGUAAUUUAUUUAGUUAUAUUUUGGAACAUGUUUUGAGAUUAGCUAUGAUUAAGAUUAUUACAUGGCGUAAACUAUCAUGGUCGUGAAA